AUGCUCAUUGACCGUCUGGCCAAGUUCAAGGACACGGACCUGCACAACCUCAAGGAGGUGCGCAAGCGGUUUGACAAGGCCAGCCAGCAGUACGACCAGAUGAGGGAGCGGUUUCUGUCAAUGAAGAAGGACACGCGCGCGGAGGUCAUGGGGGAGGCGGAGGACGACUUUCAGACCGCCAGGAUGCACUACGAGAAGGCCAGAUUCGCCCUCGUGGCAGCGCUGUCGAGCAUAGACUCGAGGAAGAAGUAUGAGUUCAUAGAGUCCAUUGCCUCCACCAUGGAUGCCCACCUGCGCUUCUACAAACAGGUGCGCCUCUCCACUCCAGGAGGCUCUCUUAUGUGCCGCGUGUGCAUGCAUCGUGUAUGGCCUGUUCACUCCCACUUCUUUCCCCCGCCACCAAACCCCGUCCCUUCCCCACCCCUUCCCCCCCAUCCGGUGCGCCAUGGCAUGGGAGGCAGAGCUACGAGGGCCCCGCUACUUGUGACCACCACCCGCACUCUCCACUCCUCAUCCUCCUCUCCUGCACUACACCACCAACCGCCUACGUCCACCUACCAUCCCCAUGCUCCUUUCCAGGUGCUGACAUACGCGCAGCAGGCGCGGGAGCAUGGGAACCAGGAGCAGGCGGUGCUGGGGGAGCGCAUGGGCGAGUACCAGCGCGACAAGGAGAUGGAGCUCGCCCGGGGGGACGAGAGCGCACAGGCCGCUGAGCGCAUAGGCGGGGGGGGCGGCGGGGGAGGGCCGUACCAGGCGCUGCUGGGGGCCGGUGGAAGUAACUCGCUGCACAAGGCCAUUGAACAGCUCAUGGCGUCCACUCCCAAGGGCAAGGUGGGGGGGAAGGUGUGGGGAGGUGCUGGGAAGGCAUGUGUGGUCACAGGGGGGAAAGGUGUGGGGAAGGGGGAGGGAGUGUGUGUUUGCUGUCUCUAUGGUGUACGUGCUGCUGCUAUUGCCGGUGCGUGGGUGGGAUCCGAUGUGUGCGGAGUGCGUGAGCGAGAGCAGGUGCAAGUGAUCAAGCAGGGUUAUCUGCUAAAGCGCUCCUCCAACCUGAGAGCGGAUUGGAAGCGGCGCUUCUUUGUGCUGGAUUCACGGGGCAUGCUCUACUACUACCGCAAACAGCAGCCCAAACCCUCCCAGAGCAUGUUUCAGCUGCAAGGUCUGCUGCAUGCGCGCUCGUCCACGCCCGACCCCAACCCCAGCCCCGGCAUGCCCCCGCUCUCCAUCUUCUCCCGCAUGCUCGCCCGCGACCGCGACGGCCCCACUGCUGGCGGAGCAGGGGGAAGCAGCAGCAGCAGUGGCGGUGGCCAGGGGGGAGUGCGGUCGGCGAGCUUUGGCAGUCUUAUCGGCGACACGCCCUUGUCGCUGGAGUCCUUUCUUGGGGGCGGGGCAGCAGGGGGCUUCUCCCUGCGCCCCUCCCACUCCGCCUCCAACUCCAACUCCUCCACCCCAGCCUCCUCCCCUCCCCGCGACUUCGGCGGUUACGUCUCCUCGCUGCCGCCCUCCAUCUCCCAGGCAGGAGGUGGCGGGGAUGAUGGGGGCGGGGGAGGGGGCGGGGGGGGCGGGGGAGGGUCGGUGUCGAAUCAUGUGCUGAACCUGCUGACAGCGACGAUCAAGAUGGAUGCGGAGCAGUCGGACCUGCGGUUCUGUUUCAGGAUUAUCUCACCCGUGAAGACGUACACGCUGCAGGCGGAGAAUGGAGCGGAGCGCAGCGAGUGGAUGGACACCAUCACUGCUGUCAUCGCCACCCUGCUCAACCAACAGCUCUCCAACCCGGCGCCCUCCUCCUCGCUCACCACGGGCAGCUCGCACCUGUCCAGCGACCCCUUGUCCUCAUGGCACCACGCACGCCAAUCAGACGGCUCUGCAACGGACACAUCCUCGUCGUGUGCCACCGCAGCAGCACAUGUGGACCGCCCUUUGCAGCUGCUGGCGCACGUGGCGGGCAAUCGCUGCUGUGUGGACUGCGGGGCUCCUGACCCCGACUGGGCGUCACUCAACCUGGGUGUGCUCAUGUGCAUUGAGUGCUCCGGCGUGCACCGGAACUUGGGCGUGCAUAUCAGCAAGUCUUCCUAUCCUUGCUCCCUUCUUUUUGCGAACCCUCCCCCACCUGCCUCUCGCCGUCAGGUGCGGUCGCUGACUCUAGAUGUGCGGGUGUGGGAGCCGCCAGUGAUUGCACUCUUCAAGGCGCUGGGAAACGAGUUUGCAAACACGGUGUGGGAGGAGACAUUGCCGCGCCGCAGUGCAUGUGAGGCAGAGGCAGGGGAGCAAAACGAGAGUGCAGAGUCCAGUGUGGAAGCACCGGCAGAAACCACAGGGCGUGCAGCAGCGCAAGUACCGGUCAGCCUCGGUGCCACCAAUUCCUCCUCCUUGUGUGCAGCAGAAGCAGGGAAGCCGUCCCCUGCCGAUCCCGUGGCAGUAAAGGAGCGGUUCAUCCAGGCUAAGUUUGGGUGUAAGCGCAUGUUUCAUGGCCCCAUGGUGCCAUGCGGCAUGGAGUUGUUUAUCCCACAGUUGGCUCACUCUGCCAAGCGCCGUCCGUUUUCCCCUCUCCCAGUAUGUAGAGCGCAGGUUCCUAGUGUCUGGUACGCAGCAGUACGGUGGCAGGGAGGGAGCUGA